CGGUUGCCGGCUCGCUUCGCCUGCUCCGCUCCUGCGAGUCAACGUUGGAAGGCUAUAUCGCAUGGAAGGACCUAUAGCACAUGGAAGAAAAAGCUCAGACCAGGAUACCUUUGGUUUCCAGGUUGCCAAGAUAUGGAACAAAGCCUGCUGGAAGUACCUUACAGCCUGUUCCAAACGGGAGGGCUCCUCACCUUUCAGGGAAUGCACAGAUCAUUGACACAAAUUUCAGCAAGCACAAUGGCACCAGUCGUCUGUCUUCCUGUAGAAAGCCUAACAAAUUCCCUCUGGGAGAUCGGAUCGGUAAUGAAUAUAACUCCAGUCAGGAUCCCAGUGAACGAGUGACCGGGUCGGGACGAUGUCCUCAGUCUGAAGGAUCCGUUGGUCAGGAAGAGCUUAGGACCAGUUCAAAAACCACAUUUUCAAAAGCAGCGAAACAAGCCACCAUGUUUGUAUCGCCCGUGGAAGACUUCAGUCAGAAAGGUUUGUCUGGUGUGUCUAAUUCGAAGUAUGCCAAAAGUUCUUUGUUAAGCAGGAUGUCCUACCCUGGAUUUAAUGCGCCCAAACCCCAGUUGAAUGGGAUUUGUGGCAGCCAGUCGAUGGUAGGCUUGCAGAGGAUUAGAGGGAACCAUUUUGUCACUCGGAGUAGCUCAGGGGAGAGCCUGGCGAGACCCACCGACAAUGUUCCACCCGCUUGUGAAAAAAUGGUCCGGUCUCAAAGCUUCUCACAUUCCCUUCAAAGCUCUCUCUUGCCUCGCACAUCUCUUACCCGAUCCCACUCGUUUAACCGAGCGGUGGAUCUGACAAGGCCUUACCAGAAUCAACACCUAGCCCGUAGACCAUCGCAGAGGCCGACUCUCCUGUCGAGAAGUGCCCGCCAGUUAGAUGUGCCCAACGGGAACGAGCCUUCGAGGUACGAGUUUCCCAGGUCAUUGGCUGCUUUAGCACCUUCUCACGUCAAGAAACAGCCCCUCUUAAAUGGCUCGGGGGAUGCGUCCCCUGUGAGGUUCAGAUCAGGCCGCCCGUCGUUGCUGAAGCCCAUGAACCAACAUUUGAGUAGAAAGAUCCCCAUGGAUGGCAGCGCCAGGAAAGAUCCUGCAAAUAGUUUAAUGGAAGACCUGAUUUCCACAGAGGUUAAAAGAGGCGAUGCUGAUGCCAUAGAAACCCAGAGCAAUGAUUUUGUGGAGAGUAGCUGUAAGAUGUGUACGGAUGGCGACGUGGAUGAAAUAUCAAUAUCUUCCCUGUCCUCUUCGGAGAAAAAUGACCUUAGCGAAGAUUUUAGCGAUGAUUUUAUAGAUUUAGAAGAUCCCAGCCGAACCGUGCUGAUUCAAGAUGAGAAAGUUCCUGCUGAAAAGCUGGAAGAUAGAAAUGGAAUGCCACCACAUCAGCUACUAUCUUUUCAGGAAAAUGAGAAGUCGAACUAUAAUAACGAGGAAUGGCUGCAUAUACAUGUGUCAGAAGUAGAUGACAAGAGUGGAACUGCCAAACUUCCCACUGGGAUCAAUGAAAUUUCUUCGGAAAUGGAUUACAGAGCUGGCUCCUCUUUUGAGCUUUCUCCCUCUGACAGCUCGGAUGGGACCUACAUGUGGGAUGAAGAAGGGUUGGAGCCCAUUGGGAGUGUCCAUCCGUGCGGCAGUUACGAUUCUUCAGAAAUUAACAGCAUCGAUAUCUUGAACAACCUUGAGUCGUGUGAUCUUGAAGAUGAUGAUCUUAUGCUUGAUGUCGAUUUACCCGAAGACACACCCUGUGAUAAUGAGGAAUGUGACAAUAUGAACCGUUAUGAGCGCCCGGACAGAAAUAUUCGACAGCAGAAAGCAGAGGGACUCUGGAAGAGAACACCCCAGAGGUGGAAUACUCAGGAUCAUUAUCAUCUUAGUCCCACUGAGCACUACUCCCACAUCAGAAAUGAUCUGAACAGGGGUGGCAACUAUGUCGAUACUCCCCCUGUCAGUCAUCUCGAAGGCUAUGGGGCAUCAGGCUUUUAUCCACCACUGAGGAGCUUGCCAGCAAAUACUGUUUUAUUGGACGAAAUGACCCUUCGGCAUAUGGUCCAAGAAUGCACAGCGGUGAAAACCCAGCUCUUAAAAAUGAAAAGAAUACUCCAUCAGAAUGAUGAAAACAUGUCACUACACAACAUCACAUUCACAGUGCCAUCAAGUCCAGAAGAGCCAGAACCCGAACCGCUAUUUAAGACUGACGAAUUACUGAGCGAGAUCACACGGCUGAAAGACGAUUUGAAAAAGAAAGACGAGACCAUCCAAGAACUUGAACGUCGUCUUGCUGUUGGGUGUGGCUGUCACAAAGGCAGCAAGAUGCCUGAAGCAACCACGUGCAGCUUUGCUGACAAAUUCACCCAGACGACCUGGAGAAGAAAUGCGCCUCAAGUACUACAGCCUUCCAGCCACCUUCCCCAUUCCGCAGACUUCAGCCAGGGAAAACUAGCAAAAGCAUCAUCCACCGUGGCUCGCAGUGAACCCCCUCCUCAGGACCAACCUGUUGGCCACGAAGGCGACAAUGCUGCCCUCGGCUCCGGCACGGACAGCAGGCGUGAACCAAGCACUUUAAACACACAGCGGAACGAGGACAGCUCCCUGGCGAACGCACAUUCCAUCAAGAACGAAGGGGUCAGAGAAAAAGCUAAAGACCUAGCCAGUCGGAAAUCGAAGGCCUUGCAACCCCUUGGACCCUCGGCCAAGUUGAACGCGCAGGACGGGCAGGCCAAGCUAGCUCUCAAAAGUCACAGCUCCAGGCCAAACCAGGCUUUGCCACCAAAGAUGUCGAGAGCUCUCCGAGCCCCGAAGCAGACCGUGCCAGUGCCUCCUCCUCAUCCUCAUCCAGCAACCUCUUCGAGAGUCUCCCUUGUGCCUCCACUGAGCAGCCAGGCGCAACCCCUGUCGGAGUCCAACCUCUCCCUUCCAAGUAGCAGGAGCCAGAGGGCCUCCAAACUUCGCCCUCCAGCCAUUUCCUUCCGCCCCAAGCCGAGGACAAUCCCCCAAACCAUCGUAGCUCCUGAGCAGCAGAGGUUUCAGGCUAGCACCUCGAAGCCCCUGACGCCAGCGAAAGAUGCCCCCCAGAACCGAGACCCAGCCCUUCGCCCCGGGGAGGGCCUGACGUUGCAUCGUCACUCCCGACUCCCUAAACCAAAGACGUAGCCCAAGCGGGACUCUCUCCAAUGUCAUUGCCGUGGUCCUUUUCCCAUGACCCUGCUUGCCCACGCCUUUCCUGGCCAGGAGGCCCCAGGGAGAGCCUGGAGGCACCAAAUGCUGCACGUCUCCUGAGUAGGCUUCUUCUUAUCAUCUCAGUUUUACCCUCUUUAAAAGUGUGCAUUGCUCCUUCAAGCCUCGAUCUGCAUGAGCCUGUGACCUCUCCUGAGGGCACCAAUGGUCUUCCCCUGCCCAGGAAGUUGCUGACGGAAAUUGUAUCCUUUGGAUGUCUCCCCCCCGCUUCAAAGAAUAGACGAGUGAGGCCUACCUUCUGGUUCUGGGAAUUAAUUAUAAGCGAUGGACAAAUGAUACUUGCUGAUCUCUCUCUCUCUCUCUCUCUCUUUUUUUUUUUUUGGUUGUGUAGGUUUCUUCUUUCCAUGUUGCUCUUCAGCCAUAAGUCUGUCUCUGUAUCUCAAGAGGCCUAUGCAAAUCGUCUCUAUUUAUAACCCUCAAACUUUGUAAAAGAUGUAUAUUUAAUAUUUAAUGGAGGUUGUAUGUUUUCGCAAGAAAGAUCCCAACUUGUUCUCUGUGUUUUUGGGGUCCAUAUUCACAAGUGGCCACAAAUUUUCACAGGGUGAAGUGGAUAUAUUUAUAUUUAAAUUCUUACCCGUUCCUUGUAGAUAAGCUGUAGAAUAUAUAAAUGUUUAAUCAGUUAUCAUGGCGUAACUGAAAAACUGUAUUUAAUAUAUAUCCCAAGACUUUGGUUUAUACCAACGGUUGUCAAAUGGCUUUGUGAUGGGACUCUGGAAAUGAUGAGUCCAUGACCGCCAGCUUGUAAAUUUUCAUUUCAAGGCUUCCUUAAUGGUAACACUAUUUAUUGAGUUCUGUUACAACUAAAAAUCUCAAAGAAGCCAAUUUGGAAUGUUUGCACAAAAUUUUGCCAUAUGUGUAGGGAUUCAAAAAUUAUUUUUCAUAAUAAAGCUUACGUUUUUUAAAACCCUAUUUUUAAAAUGCAAAUGCAUUUAUGUACGCGCACACACACUUGGGGAAACCUUGGGAAGUCAUAAAAGAACAAAAAUGUUUUAAACUUUAUCGAAAUGAUAGAAAGUCACUGGAGACAGAGAAAUUCUGUCAGAUAUAGGCCAUCAAUGGAAGGAAGGCUUAACGAGAACCACAGAAACAAACGUUGUAUAUGUGGUUCAAUUGUCUUAAAAUCUUAUUCCAGUAUCAAUCUGAGAACACUUGUUUGAAAUGGCAUUUAAAAAAAACACUUAAAAGUGUUAAAUAAAACUUGAAAAAUACACCACAGCAUUCAUUUUGAGCUCUGCUGACUAUUACUUAUAGAAUGCUUCUUAUAGAAAAACACAUCCUUAAAAAAACAACAAUCAAAAUAACCUUCCCAAACCUGGCACACUCCAAAUAUAUCGGGCUAAAUCUUCAUCGUCCUCAAAUAAUCUGGCUAGCUAGGAACUGUGGCCUAUUUGGAGGGCACCAGAUAGGCUAAAUUAAGCCAGGGAAAAGUAGCUUUGGUUUUCUUAAGAAGGAUAAGUAAGAAAUAUAUGGAGCCAACUUAAGUUUAUCAUCAAAAGACUGACCCAGGAACCAUUAGCUGGGUUUGUGUCGCUUGUAAACCUUGACGGUGUGCAGUGAAAUGUUCUUGAUGUUGUUGGCCGGAAAAUGCUUUCUUGGGUGGGUGGGUAGGGAACAGUUUCUUCAAGUGGCAGACAUGCUCUAAGCUUCAGUUGCCCCUUUUUUGUGAUGGUGGUUGAAGGAGGACUGUGUUUAAAACAGGCAGGGUUUUUUUGUUUGUUGUAACAUUAGCUCCAUGAACCUCAACGAGGAUCACAACCUUGUUUAAUCCAGGCCGACCAGCACAUCGGCCCAGGUAGUUGCGGCUGAACCCUUGGCCGAUCAGUCUGGCACCGUGGGGGUGUGUCAAACGCAGCCUGUCCAGUGAGCCGUUGUCCAAGCAUGCCCACUGACCCAAUGGGACCCAAGGGUCUGCCUACUUUCAACACUAUAAAUAUGAUGGGAUCCUAUGUAAUCGCACAAACAUCGGCUGUCCAGAGGGGGAUCAAAAAUAAAAAUUAAAAAUCUACAACCACCGUCUUGCUCUUUUUGACACCUUCUGGAUGCCGAUGAUCGAGCUGUUUCUCCCCCACUCCCCUAAUAUUUAACCCCAUCUUCUUGUCCCUGUCAAGAUGUGAAUGUACCAUGUCAACAGAAGACGCCUAACCACUAAGGAUACCUGUAGAGUUAGACAAAUGAAAAACAGGGGAGAGAGAGGAGAGAGAGAGAGAGAGUUGUCUCACACUUCUCAAUGGCAAGUAAUAACUGUAAUCUGGCUUACAAAAGCACAACUGCAUCAGGUUGAACUACGUCUGUACCAUGGUAUGCAUUUAGGAGGGCCUUCAGCUAGCAUUUUUAAAUUCAUGUUCCUGGCAUUAACUUUAAGCACUUCAUGAGAAGUAACCCUUCGAGGUGGCCUGUUUGCUUCAGGAAGAUACAGCUCUUGGAAGGGGGGAAUUUCUUUCCCAAGAUAACACUAGCCUUUUGCUCCCAAUUUCAUUGUCAGGCUGGCCAUGGCGCUAGAAGCAAGCUGAUGGUAGCAGAUGGCAGCGUGUAAGGUUGGCACUCAACCUGUAAACUCUGUCUUGAGGCAACUUCACUCACCCAGAGAGGGUUGACUGAGCUGCCCUGAGUCGUAAUUUUGGGCAUUAUGUUCGGGCAAAGCGAAGGUGGGACCUGGUGGGUUUUUAAGCAUUGUUUGUGAGUCUCCCUUAUACAACUGAGAGGGCCACCCCUUUUGAAUGCAGUUGUGUCAGAGAAAGUUCUUGUGUAUGUUUAGGGCCGAGGUCUCCAAACUUGGCAACUUUCAAGACUUGUGGACUUCAAUUCAAUUCAACCUGGGAAUUCAAUUCCACAAGCCUUAAAGUUUGGGGACCCCUGGUUUAGUAUGAUCUGAAGGCUCAUUCAAGUGGGUAGGAGUCUCAGAUAGGCAGCCAGAUUCACAGUGGCCUUAACGAUUUCUUUAAGGUGGAAAAAAAAGAAUCUUACGGGAUUUUAUGAAUUUUUGCUUUUUGUUAACAUGCAUUGUGUCCAUUGGAUUCUGCUGCAAUUAUUCCUAAGGUGUUAAACCACUCCAAUGUGUAUCAUGAAGUGGAAAUGGAACAAAACAGAUUUGCACUUGAUGAGCGUGGAGUUGUGCCUAAAUUUAAAGGUCCACGACUGAAGUAGUGAAAUAGUUUUUCACUACAUAUUAAUGUUCAUGUUUCAGGUUUUGUUUUUGUCUUUAAACAUAAGCUUUCAGCCCCUGAAACGCUUCUCUGCCUCUUCACUAUCCCAAAGUAUUCCUGGAACUGUGGCUUUGCAUGCCUACACAACCUGGUCUCGCAAAGCUUUUUUUGUCUUGUUAAGCGUCUUCUUUCUGAACCCCCACUUUCUUCACGCUGUAACUCAAAAAGAGAAAAUUCCUAAGGCGUUUGUCAAAACUGAGGCUUGCCUUUAGAAUGGCUUGAUUUGAUUAUUAUUAUUUUUUAAAAAAACAUUAGUCAGCAAUAAAUGCCAUCUGCCUUGUGCAAACAAGGAGCAUCACAUAUUUCAAGAAUCCAGGAAUAGGGAGUUGCAAACCGUCUACACCGCUAAGCCUUUUGUGCGAUGGUGCAUUAAGCAUCCUAAGGUUGAUUCCCCCCCCCCUCUCAUUUUUUUGGCAUUUUUACUUUUGGUAGACUUUCCUGCUUACCACCAGAAGCAUCCUGGAACCAGACUGACAAUUCCAUUUGGUCUCCCCGUUAUCUGAUAGUAGCGGUUCUCCAAAUGCAACAGACCUGGUCCAGUUGAAUUGUAACCCCAUUGGAAGACAACGCCCCUAAAUUUAAACCUGUCCUUGCCUUUGGCUGGUUCAGCCUCUGUGGGAUUAUCGUGUCAGUGAGUAGUGCCUUUGUUGAAACGCAAUCAUGGUUAGAGAAAUUGAGCUGGGUCUUUCAGAAACUGAAGUUUAACGUUGAUCAACUGCUGCGGUCAAGCUGCUCACUGCCUGUGUGAUUCUCAAAAGCACCAUGAUUAAUCAAGAUUAACUGCAGCCUUAGUCUUUGUACUAAAUCAGUACUAGCUGCAAAAUACUCUUUAACAAUGUAGUCUCUUUGCCUAAAGGGGAAAAAGAAAAAGAAAAAAAGAGAGAAAUACUGUAUACUGGAACCUGCUUGUAAAGAUAAUUUAAAAAGCCUGUAUGUAAAGACUUUCCUCAGUGUUGCUUUAUUGAAUAAACUUCCUAAUU